GCCACAGUAGACGAACUCAUCAAGAAAAUCAGUGAGAAGAACAAAAUCCCUCCUGAGACCCAGCGAGUCCUGUACACCACCAAGCAGCUAGAGUAUGGCCAGGGGAAAUAUCUCUCUGACUACAACAUGCAGAAUGAGUCCACACUUUUUGUCGUCUUGCGCCUGCCUGGAGGUAGCGGUAGCAAACAGCUGGAUGAAGAUGUGGAGACGACGGACGCUCCUGACAUGAUCAGCUGGGAGGACGACCCCAACACUCCCCGCGCCAAGAUGUCCUGUGGACACGCCAUCACGCCAGAGACUCUCACCACCUACUGCGAGAGUCUGCUGAGUGCUGGGAAGUACGUUUUCAAGUGUCCCUACAUCAGUCCAGCUACAGAGUACUGUGGGAAGGAGUGGUCCUAUCUGGAGGUCCGACGCCUUGCUGUUCUCACCCUGGACGAACAGAAGCAGUUUGAGAUCAAGAUCUCCGACAACUACCUGCGCAAGGGGAUGGGCAUCCAGGAGUGUCCCAAGUGUCACUCCUUGUGCGAGCGGAUCGACAAGAAAGACAAGCGCGUGGUGUGUCCGCUGUGUUCGGCAGCGGGCACGAUGGAGUACCACUUCUGCUGGUACUGUCUGCACGAGUGGGUCGGGACAAGCGUCGACAAGUGCGACAACGAAGACUGCAACGGUGAGGACAAGCGACUGAAGAUCCUCCGGGAGAGCAAGAAGAAGACCAUCGUGGGCGUGGCUAACUGUCCUGCCAUCAGGGCCUGUCUGAAGUGUGGCAUGCUCAUCGAACAUGACAGGGCCUGCAAGCAUAUGGCCUGCAUCUGUGGUCAGAAGUUCUGUUUCAUCUGUCUGAAGCCUGCCAUUGAGGGAAACUACCAGUGUGGUACGUACAAGAGCCCGUGUGAGGUCGCUGAUGUGCAGACCACCAUUCCCGGAGAUGACUAAGAUGGCCGAAGAACACUGUCCGCUCACGUUACUGUUAGGGCCAGUUAACACGGGGCAAAAAAAUCAUUUGUCCUACGACGAUAGACGCGUGGUGUGUGUCGUAGGACAGAUUUUUGAGCAUGUAAACACGCCCGCCACAAGUGUCGAUUUUUGCAUGUGUGGCACAUCCUGAACACAUGCCGAUUGUUCUGGGACAAAUGAUCCUUGCCCUGUGUAAACUGGCCCAUAGUCUUACAUGUAGCCUGCGUCUACACAAUCUCUCUCUGGCUAGGGUAACUGUCAGGCCACCCGCUAGGAGCAUGAUUUAGUCAGGCUAGUCUUUACAUGUAGAGAGAGAGACACAUACCAGUACUUUAACUCAAGUUUUAUCU